CGGCGAUGUUUUGACAAGAUCAAAAUUUGAAGUUUAGAGAAAACAAAAACAGGUCAGAUUUAGGUCUCGACAACGGGUAUUAAACUACGAUCGAGGAAUGGCGGUCUGGAAAAUAUACACUAGACUGUUCAUCGUGUUCGCAUGCGUGCUGUGCUUACAUGGAGCAACACCGAAGCAAGAUUUGAAGCCUGAGGCGUGGCUACAGCAGUAUGGCUACCUACCUCCAGGUGAUCUCCGCACGCAUGCAGCCCGCUCUCCUCACUCCAUCUCUUCGGCCAUAUCCGCCAUGCAAAGGUUCUACGGCCUGACCAUUACCGGCUCGUUGGACCCCAGUACUCUAGAGGCGAUGAAGAGGCCACGCUGUGGUGUCCCAGAUAAGUUUGGUGUCGAGCAGAAGAGCAACUUGAGAAGGAAACGCUAUGCAAUCCAGGGGCUGAAAUGGGAGAAGAAUGAGGUUACGUUCUGCAUUCAGAACUACACCCCGAAAGUUGGUGAAUACGAGACCUACCAGGCCAUCCGAAAAGCCUUUAAAGUUUGGGAGGGAGUGACGCCACUGCGUUUCCGAGAGAUUCCCUACAGCCACAUCAGAGACAAGACAGAAAACUUUGCUGACAUCAUGCUCUUCUUUGCGGAGGGGUUCCAUGGAGACAGCAGUCCUUUUGAUGGCGAGGGAGGAUUCUUGGCACAUGCUUACUUCCCUGGCAAUGGCAUUGGAGGAGACACUCAUUUUGAUGCUGCCGAACCCUGGACAAUUGGGAACCGAGAUUUACUUGGUAAUGAUGUGUUCCUUGUGGCCGUGCAUGAACUUGGCCACGCCCUCGGUAUGGAACAUUCCAACGACCCGUCCGCCAUUAUGGCUCCAUUCUACCAGUGGAUGGACACGGAAAACUUUGAGUUGCCCGAGGAUGACCGUCGUGGCAUUCAGCAGCUCUACGGUUCUGGGUCAGGAAGCCCUCCACGACCUCCCGUGACCCCUCGCACACCACGUCGCACCCCACGACCCACUCACGCUCCACGCAAACCAACUUUUGGCCCUGACAUCUGUGAAGGCCACUUUGAUACCAUCGCUGUUCUCCGUGGGGAGAUGUUUGUCUUUAAGGAUAAAUGGUUCUGGCGUGUCCGUAAUAACCGGGUUCUGGAGGGAUACCCUAUGCCAAUCGGACAUUUCUGGAGGGGUCUACCAACUUCCAUUAAUGCUGCCUAUGAGAGAGAAGAUGGGAAGUUCGUUUUUUUCAAAGGAGACCGAUAUUAUGUGUUCAGUGAGUCAGUCCUUGAUUCAGGCUACCCAAAAAGUCUAAAGGAGAUGGGGACUGGAUUACCAAAGGAUCGGGUGGAUGCAGCCCUGCUCUACACCCCAACAGGAAACACCUACUUCUUCAGAGGAAACAAGUAUUACCGCUUUAAUGAGGAUAUGCGCUCCGUAGACCCAGAUUACCCAAAACCCAUCAGUGUGUGGCAGGGUGUUCCAGAUAGCCCCAAGGCUGCCCUUAUGAGCAGAGACCAAGGGUACACCUACUUCUACAAAGCCAAUAAGUAUUGGAAGUUCAAUAACCAGCAGCUGCGGGUGGAGCCCGGAUACCCCAAAUCUGUUCUCACAGACUGGAUGGGCUGUCCUGAGGAAGACCCCAAGACCGGCGGUGGCGGUGGCGGCGGCGGCGGCGGCGGAGGCGGCGGCCGGGGUGGCACUGACCGGGGACGCGAGGAAGACAAACACGAGGAAGAGGAGACAGAGACGGAGACGGAGAAGGAGAAAGAGAAGGAGACGGACGUCAUUAUCAUUGAGGUGGAGGACACGGAGCGCGGCGGCAGCGGUGCGGCGGCCGUGGUGAUCCCUCUCCUGCUCCUGGUGUGCGUGAUCUGCACGCUCGGGGCACUGCUCUUCUUCCGCAUGUACGGCACACCACGACGCCUGCUUUACUGCCAACGCUCUCUACUGGACAAGGUCUAAAGAGGAGAGGGGAGAAAAGAGGAAAGGAAAGAAGAGGAGAGGAGAGAGCAGAGGGGACAGUGAGCUUAAGUGGAUCAUUGAAAGAAUAGCAUUUACUAAAGUCUAAAGAAAACACAUCGUGCUUAUUGAGUGAGGACAAAGAAAAAAGCCUCCAGCUAAAAGCAGUUUCAUCGCUUGGCUGGAAGGUCGAGAUGGAAUAGCAACUUUGGGAAAUUAAAAAUGCUAAAAACAAUUAGAAAUGAAAAUAAAUUAGAAGUUAGAGAUGAUUUGCUGUAUUGCAUUAAACCACUCACACAAAGUUAUGAAAUUUCUAAUUGUAAAUAGAUGCUUAUUGUUGUCGUUUUCACCUCCACUUUCACCCUAUCCUCUCAUCUCUCCUCUCUCCUCUUAUUUCAUUUAUUCCUCAGCCAAUGUAGCCAAUGACGCCAGCAGAUUGCUGUUUGUUUAGCUUUUUAAAUGUC